CGCUGCUAGCGCUGUCACUUUCUCAAAUAUCAAAUCAAAUGUCUAAUAAAAUAUAAUAUGGCGGACUGCGAAAAUGUGGUUUUUAGACAGAAAAUAUUCACAUAAAUCAAAACAGUGGACAUAAAGACCUUAUUCUAUAAAUAGUUAAGCGAAGUGUCUUUAGGAUAAAUGGAAAUGUGUUUUCUAAAAUAAGUGCCUGUGUCAAUAAAACUGUCUCUAUUUUUAAUUGGAUCUAAAAAAAUGGCCCCAUCUCCAAGGGAUGAGGACGACAAUACUCCAAAGGCUCCCGAUAAAAAUGAAAAAGCGAAGUGUGAGAAAUCUAACAUUUCCGAAGCCAUCAAAGAAAAGGAUAAGGAUGAAAAAACCGUGUUAAACCUAAACGAUGGCGAACUCAAAGCGCUCUUGGAUGAAGCCAUGAAUUACAAAAAUCCCAAGGACAGAGAAGGAAAAAGCAAACUCUUCACGGACCUCCUCAUCGAGGCCGAGGAGACGGAGAGGAUCGCGAGGGCGGCCAGCGCCGGCGGUUCGGAGCUGGUGCGCCACUGCAACCCGUCGGCGCGGCGGCACGGCCGCCACCGCCGGAAACCCAGCUCCAUCUCCGAGAACAUGAUGCACGGAGGCAGCCUGGACAACCUCGCCAAGGAGGAGCUCUACGACACGUCCCACCACCUCCACCGGACGAGGAAGACGGUCAGCGCCAGGCAGAGGGAGGGCGGGAGUUUGCCCUGCGAUGUCAACUCCAGUGUCAUACCGGCCCGGGAUUAUCAAUUCUUAGAGGAGGCCAGACGAAACAAGGCCAUGAAGAACAAGGAGUACACCGCCAUCGACAUGGAAUCCGAAAGCCUUCUAGAACAUGACUCCCUCGCUCAGAACUAUCAGGAGCAAUCGUCACCCAUCGAAAUGGUGCUUCCAGGGGCCACCAAGUUCACCACGAAGGCCACGCUUCAGAUCUCCGGAGCAAAUGUUGACGACCCAAUUCCUCUAGAUCUUGACAGUGCCAGCGAGAAGAAACCAUACGACCUACAUAGUUUACAAUCAAACGUAAUACGAAGCAAGUACAACGUCUAUAUCCCAACCUACAAAAAGGAUUCAGAAGAAAAGAAAGUCGAUGAGAAUGGCAAUGCUCUGCAACAAAAUCCUGGAACGAAAACCAAGAAAAAGAAGAUACAGACCGACAAAAACGUCGUGGUUCUUACCGCAGAAAGUGUUGCUGGUCAUCGCAGCGACAUAAUCCACGACGUCGACAAGCUCAUGCAGUACAUCGGCGGAGACAAAGAGAACGACUCCUCCGGCAGGACAAAGUCCAACGUUCACAAGUCCAAGCAGCUCCACAAACAGCACACGUCCGAUGAUAGCGGCAGGAGUAAGAAACAGAGGGCUCACUCUCCUAAGGGUAAGGAGAGCAGGUCCGAGCUGAAGAAGAGCAAUUCGUUGGGAGAAAUUUCCACCGCUAAGUUGGAAGAGUUCGCUUUCGCCAGCGGCAGCGAGAAGGACAGCGAGAAUAAGGUCGUCCUUAGGCCAGGGAAGGGCCAGAACGAUAGGCCAAAGGAGAGGAGGUCCUGGGGAACCGUAGAGCCACCGCCGAUCCAGAGCCUCUACAGCAACGCCUCCAUCGAGAAUUUAGAGGCGGCGGAGAACUGGGUAGUGACGAAACCGAAGAAGAAGAGCAAGAAACGUCACAACAGCAUCGGCGGCGGUCGUCGCCAGAAUUCCACUUCGGAGUCCAACUCCAAACAUGCCAACCGUGCGCCUUCCCCGGACCUACGCGGCAAGUCGGCCUGUUCCGUUCCGCACAGCGAGAAGUCCAACGACUCCUCCGACGUGGACUCGGUGCACUCUCUUCCCAUAGACGGGCUUAACGCUCCGAUCUCCUACGCAGACAUAGCUAAGAACAGCGAGAAGCUGAAAGAGAAGAAACCGUCUCCGGAAAAAACGGAGAAAGUGCCAAACAAGGAGAAGUCCCCAACCGUUAAAAUCGAGAUCGAGCCCAAGCCGGAAGUGAAAGUGAUACAGCAGACGAUAACCAACCUGUUCGUCGACAAACAUAACAUCGUCGUGACCCCAGUGAUAAAUAACGUGAAAAAUAUCGCGCCUCCCGACGUUCACAACAUAAAAUGCUUUCCCGCCAUCUCCAACAACAACCACAAGACCUUGCAGGUGUCCGUGGAGAAAACGAACAAUAAGACAAACACGGUUAACAAUAAGGUCAAAAACGUUUCCUGCGGCAGUAAGAACGUUAACAAGGGUACUGGUACUAACAAUAACAAUAAUAAUGUGAAAGUUAGCGUUGCGGUCGCGAGUGCUGCUGCCUGUGUCGUUCAGAACGAUAUCCAGAAUGAUUUAUCGAUAAUCCAUUCGAAUGAGAAGGAAUCUAUCCAAUUCAACGCCCAGAUGAUGCCCCCGGACAUACCCGACGUUCAGACCAUCGAGAAAAUGCACUUUAUGAAUCGCCCGCCGCCGCCGCACCAACCGGCUCAGACUCAACACCACCUGCCACCGCCCCAACGUCCCUCAAACCCCACUCAGUUGCCAGUGCCCCCACAAGUGCCCCCACCGCUCGUCGUCACCCCGACGGCGCCCCCCGCCGUGCCCCCUCCAGUGAUAAACUCGACCCAGAACGUAGUUACUAACGAAAUAAAUAUAAAUAGUGUUAACUGUGAUAAUAGUGAACGAACCAUUAGCGAGGAGGACGAGGGCCCCCCUCCGGUCGUUAUUUUGAGUGGGGUGGGCAACAAGGAGGUGCCCGGGCUAGUGUUCGGUUUCGACAUAAACGAACAGCUGCUGAACGAGGACAUCUGUGAGAAUUUCAUAUCUAGGUACAUAGCGCCGGAAGUGUUUUCGCAGUCGUCGCAUAAUCAUGACAAGAUUGUCAACUUUAUAGGAUCGGCUUGGGAGGCGAUAGUUAACCAAUCUAACGGUAAAGUACAGUACUAUUCAGAGGAGUCUUAAUGAAAAUAAGUGCUAGUGUGCUUGGGACAUUAAAAGUGUUAUUGAUAAUACUAGUCAAAAAGAGGAACUUUUAAAUUUUGUACAAAAAACGGAUUAAACUGAAAAAAAAAAGGAACAAUAAGUAUCCAGUGUAUUUACGAAGAGUAGGGCGGUGAAGUAUUAGUUCGGAAUAGAUGAGGAUUGAAUCGGUCUGACGAUUAGGCGAGUAAUGUUGGGAGCAAAUUAAAUAAAAAAUAUGUCUAAAACCAAACCUCGAAUUUUCCAAGACAUGGACUCUGUAUUUUUUUGUGAAUCAGCAAUAUUAAGGGAUAGUUAACAAACGGGGCCCCGAAAUGACACGUCAGAUGCAUUUUGGGGCCAGAGAUAUAUUAUUUAUUAUUUAACUCACUUAGGCGCCUCAGUUGAACAUCGUCAAAAAUAACUAUUUUUAAAAAAGUACUUUCCGACAUAUUUUAAACGAAAUUUCAUCUAAUCUCGUAGAGCAUAGAACCAAAAAGUCUCGUCUCUUGAAUUGCCUUGCACGUGUACUUAACGUAAUCUUCUCCUUGUCAUUGUAUUCACUUUUUAAGUCGAACCGCUUCAUAUUGUAUAACCGCGAAGAUCAAAACGAAUUAUAUAAGACAAAAUUUUAAGAAAAACAAAAAAAUAUUUAUCUAGUAACUGUGAUUAUAUGCCAAAUAAGUAUUGCGACUGUAGUAAAGAAGUAAGUUACGUUGCGAAAGUAAAAGUAGACGUAUUCUCACUAGACUAAUUAAUUUAUGAUUUGGUGCGGGGGUUCCGAUUCUUUUUCAAUGUUAUCUGAUAAGCAUAAAAAAAUCGUGCCCUUAGUAAAACCGGCUUAUUUAAGUAAUGAUAGUAAAUUUAUAUGUUUAAACGUAAAUAUUAUUUAGUUGAUUUUUCUUACCGUUUUUGGUUCUGUGCUCUGGCGCGCCCGACGCUUUCCCGUGUCACGGCGUACCGCUAACUCUGUUGAACGAAUAAUUAUUCUUUGACGGUCUUCGGCUUGAACUACUUUUUAUUUUAGAAAAGAUAAUCUCAUCCUUCUGGUAAAAAUUUACAAAUAUAAAUAUGUAAAAAGUGUCUAUAUAAUAAUAGUUAAAAAAAAAGUAUAUGUAAUAAUGAGUGUAUGCUUUUUUUCUUAUAAAUAUAAUGCUAAUGCUAUUUCGAGAGAGAAUUAUACAGCGGGAAUUUAGCGUUUGCAAUAUAUCUAACUAAGAAACGUUUUUGAUGUAUACUCUAUAGGGAUUUUAUUUUUUCGUACAGUGUGUUUCUGCGGAAUCAAUUUAAAUAGUUACGUUUUAACGGAAAAGUUACUAAUUUAUUUUACGUUUUAUUUUAUUAAGUAGUACUGUUGAGAAAUCGUUUUUGUCGAGUCGUUUUCCUAAGAUUGGCCUCGCGAGGAACCGUCCCGGUUUUUUUAUUGUUGGAAGAUUGUUAUAUAAUUGUAAUUGUUCUUCGGAAUGUUAGGAAGACGGCAGGCACGUCGGUUAUCAAACGUUAGCGAAAUUUCGGACAGAAACAUGCUGGGCUUUAUUUCAAGCAUUAAAUAGAUAUCAAUGUUAAAGCUAGCCCUUUAACUAUGUUUAUUUAUUAAAGAAAUAAUAAUUAGGUAUAUAACGGACGUUUUUAUUGUUGUACAACUUGAAGCCGGUUUCAAGCUGCCCCAACUCUAAGAACCGUCUAUAUGUAUAUGUAUGAUAGCUGUAAUAUUUUAAAAUGAAGCUAAGUCAUUUUUUAGUUUUUUAAUAAUGGCUAAAAUAGUUAUUUUUGAAAUUUAGACAGGUCUAGCUAGGUUACCGCUAGAUUUUAUAUACGAGUACUUUUCUUCAAAAUGUAAAUCGUUUAAAUCAAGUACACAUUGUUAUUUCAUUUGUUUAGGAAAUUAUCAAGGCUUUUGUUUCCUUAUUGCUGGGUUGAUAUUUGUUACUUAGGGCUUUUCCCUCUCUCUCUCUGCGCGUCUCAUUUAUUUUAAAGGACACGCGAUAGAUAAUUAAGUUUUUUCAAGUUUUUAACCGUUACUCGUAUUAUGUAUCUAUUAUACUUUCGUUAUUUAUUUUCUUAGCAUUUAUUCACCAAAAAUCAGACAGUUUCAUGAUUUUAGACGAUAGGAAUGCGCUAAUUUACCAUUUUAUUUAUUCUGGAAUAAUUUUUUAUUGUUGCGUAGUUUUUUAAUCGAUAUUUAACCUUAAAGUAAGUGAGACUACCUGGGAAGCAUACCAUGUAAAGUAUAAUAUAUAACUAUAUCUAAUGUUUCGAUUAAAAUUGUGAUAUAUUGUGAAGAGUAGCUCAUAUCUGCAAAA